UCCCAGAAAUCUCGUGGCAAAACAACAACAGACGUUGAGUCUCUCGUGCAAGUUUCAUGAAAAUAUUCGCGAACUGUCGUCUGAUUAUUUUCCAUGUGAGUGUGAACAGUCCAGUGAUUACAUUAUUGUGAGCAAUUGCUGUGCAUACCUCAAGAUUAAUAAUUCAGGAUUGUUUAAUUUACUCGUGAUAUACGAAAACAUCCAUUGGCUGAUGAAAGUCAUGGUCAUCAUGCGUAGAGAUCGUGGACUGGCAAAGGGCCUCAACGACAUAUGACCCGUGCAUAAACAUCCACAUAACCGUAGUUCAUCGUUUCCCUGCAUUGACACAUUCACAACACUUUUUGGCUGCCACCAAAACAAAGAUAGGCGUUAUCCCCCACCCGUGGGCGCUACCAUUUUAGUUCUAUCGAGGAGACGUGAAGGAGAAAAAGAAACAAAAUCGAGGAGAACACGGAGGAUAACAAAAACAUUGGGGGGUUUUUGUGAGCACGCGGUGCAGGAGAAAAACACUAGACUUGUGGGUGCAUAGACGAUAGAAAUCGUUUGACUCCCACGCGUCGAUUGAUAUUACAUGUGUAAUCACAGUGGCACGUGUUGGUCGAUUAUUUUGAGAUUGUCAUAGAGUCGCUGAGAGCCACCAUUUGUAUUAUUGACAGUCGUGGGGCUUUGUUUACUCUUCUGGCGCAUACAUUGUUGAGUGAUGAAAGAGCCUUUGUUCACAAAUUGAGAAAAUUUGUGAUUUAACGAGUUUGUUCAAAAAUAUUCAUUCGAAAAUUUCACAAGUCUUGAAUAAAUUUUUAAAAACAUACGUGAAUAAUGGGGGAUCCGAAUUACUCGGAUUAUUUGCUCGAGUAUGGUAGUAAUGCAAUGGAUACUCUGGUGAAGCAAGAGCCUGCUCAGCCACUGGAGAUCGGAUCGUCGUCGGCCUCAGUUCCCAUACCUGGAGGACAUCGAGGUACACGAGGGGUUUAUGAUCAAUUUUCACCUUCUCCGCUUGCUGUCUUCUCGAACUGGGGGACCAGGCCCGAUCAGGAUGACACGCAGUACAAAAUUGAUUCCGAUCCGCUGGACAUUGGAUUUAAAAUGGAAGAUGAUGAUAUUUUUCAAGUGGAUAAGGCCGAUUUAUUUCAGGGGCCCACGUUAGCUGAACUUAAUGCCAAUGAUGAUAUUCUUCUGGGGGAUAUCAAUUUCGAUGAGCUGCUGCAAACUGAAGAUCGACUGCAGCCUCUCAGAAGUGAUACCAACAUCAUGCAGACCAGCGGACCCUUGAUCAGUGGAGGGCCGGCUAACUUUGCGUCCAGCAGCUUCCCACAGUCGACUAUUUUGUACAGGAAUUGUCAGCCUUAUGCUGCUACCUCGGGGUUCAACUUCAAUGGGGUUGGAUUCAUUGACAAUCUUGAGGCUGUUAGUCCACCUGCCUAUCCCAGCCCUAGUACCAGUAAUUUAGCAGGAUCUCUGGAUUCGUGUUACGAUGUAGGUAGUUCAACCGCCAGUUCAUCAACGUCCCCUCACCCCAUCGUAAGACCGACAACUCAGUCAACCCUCCAUGAACUCCUCAUGAGAAAAGCUGAGAAUGUACCCACCAGUCCCAUCUACAACCCGAUGGACACAUCUCCGAUGGAAACUACUACAACUCAGAUAAAGCCCUCCAGGCUUUCCACGUCAGCUCCUACACAGACGAUGGGAUUGGAGCAGCUGUGGGCCAGGCGAGAGCCUCGGCAACAUCUCUUGAGUACCAGUAGCAUGGGAGUUGUCGAGGCUGGUUCCACCAGCAGUGUAAGCACUGGCGGGGCACUCAGUCCAGAUCCUCUGGGACACAUCGAGGGGAUUGGACAGAUUGACCCACUCAGCCAUGAUGAGGAAUAUGAGGACAGUGAUGAUGAUAGCGAUCAUUACUACGAUACUAGUGACAACGAGAGUGGUGGAAGUGAUGGUGAGGAUCAAAGCAGUAUUAAAGGAAGCAGUGAGGGACGAGAAUCAAAACACAGCAAGAAGGAGAAGUAUUUCUGGCAGUACAAUGUGCAAGCUAAGGGACCUAAAGGCCAAAGACUGGUGGCACGUGCUCGUCUAGAGGAUCCACAUGUCCUCAAUCAGGCCACUGAUCCCGUUUUUAGCCCUGAUUGUGCACUCAGGGGUAUAAAGCACAGUGGUAAAGCCAGAAAGGGCGAUGGAAACGAUCUCACACCGAAUCCUCGAAAAUUGUUCAGCAUCGGAAGGGAAUUAGAUAAAUUGGCUCGUGUGAUCAAUGACAUGACACCAGUUUCAGAGUUGCCAUUCACUGCUAGGCCAAAAACAAGAAAGGAGAAGAACAAGUUGGCUUCUAGGGCCUGUAGAUUGAAGAAGAAGGCACAGCACGAGGCGAAUAAGAUUAAAUUGCAUGGGUUGGAACAUGAACACAAACGUCUGAUUCAUGGAAUAUCGCAGAUGAAAAAUACCCUGGGGAAAAAACUCGCAGAACGAAAUGCGGAGCAUCAGGAGGAACUCACGCGACAGAUGGAUAAAAUUGUUAAAUUAGCUACAAAGGGUAAUCCAUUUGUUUCAGAAGUACGUAUUGCAAACCACUCAACUGAUUUUGUCAAUAAAGUCCUCGACAAAGUAAAAUCGGGGGUUUCUGAUGGUGGAAUUGACGACUUUUAGUACAGAGUUGUCACAGUUGUUCUUUCUGGCACAUCGAGUGUGUAUUUGAGGGAACGAAAGACAGUCUAACCGUGCACACAGCGACACAUAUAUUUUCCUGGCCAUCGUUGAUAAAUUAAGAGUUUAAUUUUUUAAAUUAUUGUUUAUUCGUCUAUUCGGAGUAUGAAACUAUCGUCAUCGUUCGAUGAAAGUCAACUUGAAGCUUUUUUUAUCAUGAACGAAGUAGAAGAUUCGAAAUUAACUUUAUUUUUCAUUUCUUUAAAGGGGAGCCUUUGGUAAGUUUUGAGUCUUGAGCUAUUAAUGGCAAUUUGGAGACUGGAGAUUUCGAAAUUCAUGAAAAAAUUUAACAGUAAGGAAUUCGUUUCUUUUUCUUAAAAUGUAUAAUUUAUUUUUUUUUAAUAUGUUUAUUUGUCUAUAUGUAUUUCUGAGUCAUAAGCAUCGGAACAAAUCAAGUGUCCACUUGACCCUAUCGUCUCUUGCAUAAUUGAUCUCCAGUAGCCCAUGACUUGUGAAACUUAUGAUAGUCUCCCUUCAAUGCACUUUGGGUGAUAUUUCAAAAGUUAUCACAUUAGUUUAGAAUAGAAUUUACUUGCGAGUGAAGGAUAGUUGGCUGACAUGGUCUACCUCAAAAAGUAACGCUAUACCUGCAUAAAAAAAACCUUUGAGAGAGUUUAGAGUAUACAUUAUCUACAAAUAUGAUAUAACGAUAUAUAAUUAUAUUUUAUGUCUAGACAUUAGGCUGCUGGAACAGCUCUGGUAGCUGAAAGCGCUUCUAUGAUAAGAGAUGAUCAUAUAUAAUACAUAAACAUAGCUUUUGAUUUUUCAAUAUAUUUUAUUAAUAUUUUCCGUAGAUAUUAUAUAUUUCGCCUACUGUUAAUCAAAUCGAAUAUAAUUGGGACGUGAAGGAAUUUAUCUUUGUACUGUAAUUUUCACUGUGAAAAUAGAAUCCUCAAAUUUUAUGUCAAUUGAGAGUUGCCUAGGAUGAUUUUUUACGAUAAUGGAGUACAAUGAAAAUAACUGGGGGACGACUAUACAAUUUUGAAAGCAUAGUCAUUUUUUAUGACACGAAAUAUCUCUUGUCGCAAUGGCAACGGUUUCAGGCGUUUUUUCAUUUCCUAAAUAUGGAAAUUUUUCAUCGCCUGUUACCGAUGCAAUGGAUUUUUACGUUUAUGUGCCACAUUAUUUUAAGGAUAAGUCAUCAGUUGAUUCGUUAUUUUUAUUUUAUAUCUUAUCUUAGGUUUUAUAAAAUAUUUUUCCACGAGUGGUUUUUACUUGUUAAAAAUGUGUUUUUUUUUUUCGUUCGCUUUUUAUGAGAAACAGGUACAAGUUAUAGUUUGAUACUCUAAAUUUGUAGGAUAUUUUAUCGAUGUAAAUAAUAGAUGUGAUUUUUUUAAGUUUACGAGAGUUUUUUCUUUCCUUUUUUUUUCAGUAAGUUACCUUCAACGUUUUGAUCACGAACAAGAAGCACACAAAUUUGGAAAGAAAAUAGAAUUGAAUACAAAAUUACCGGUGAAAUGAAAUUAAGAAACUUUAGAGGUACUAUUGUAUUUUAUUCACAUAUGCGUAAUAAAUGUUCUAUCACAUAACAUGAGUAUAAAGAAAUUAUACAUCAUCUGUACAAGGCUAUUGUAUGCGUAAUAAAACCGCAGAAUUACAA